AUGUCAGCACAAGUUGGUGAAAAAUUACUAACAUCAAAAUAUCAAUACUAUCAUGAAUUUCAUGAGGACUCUUACAGCGUUGGAGUUGUCGAUGAUGACGGUGCAGUCCUCUAUGAAGGUCCUUAUGGCGGCCUUCUAAAUGAUAUUGUGCGAUACAAUGACGUGGCUAAAUUAGCCCAAUACCUGGAUAUCAACGCUCGUGCUACUCUGGGCCAGGUUGAGGUACACCAUUGGGACCCAUUUUAUGUUGCUGCAGAGUCUGGGAGUACUGAAGCGCUUGACCUGCUUCUCAAGCAUUAUAAUGCUCAUUUAAACGACACUGACAUGAUACCAUUUGAAAAACGACAAUUUCGCCUGCUUAAUGUGGCCUGCUUAAACGCUCGGGUCGAGACUGCGCUGUUUCUUUUGGAUACCCAAUCUGCACUGGCAAGCCUCCAUGCCAGAGAUAAUUCUAUGUACCGUAAGGACGGUGACACCCCACUGCUCUCAGCUGCAGAUUCCUUCACCCAUUUGCCGCGCGGCCUUGAACAAGAUGAUGACCUUGCAGUCCAUGCCCAUCAGGCUCGUGCUGAAGAGCUUAUGAGUCAACUCCUUAACAGAGGAGCUUCCGCUCAAGAUGUAAUGAUGUGUAUUGUCAAUAAACAACAGAUUUCAGAUACAGUCCUCAGUCGGGCCAUUUCGAGGGCCAGCUAUGGAUUAAUAAAACGACUCAUUACCGAAGGAGCGGACCCACAUGUCAAGAUUGUACAGCCGGCCGAUUUUGGUCAAGACGAGCAAGUGCAUGGCGUAACUCCUCUUCAUCUUGGAAGUCUGCAUGCGAAUAUUGAUGGUGUUCAGGCCCUGUUUGAUCAUCGUGGGGACAAGGCUACUGUUAUGGAAAUGGUCUUAUCCAGUGAUAGCGGCGGUCGCCUUCCCCUUCACUGGGCUGCAAGAGGGGCUCAUAGUCCAGAGUACUGCUAUAUGCUUCCUCGUAACGAUAUUGUUACACAUGCAGUCAAUACCAUCAAUCUACUCUUAUCUAUCAAUCAAGACACAAUCAAUGCUCAAGACCAUGAAGGAUACAAUGCCUUAUGGUAUGCAGUCUAUAGCUUCAGAGGACGUAUUAACCAGCAUUUAGACAUUCUAAAGACCUUAUUCAGGUAUGGAGCAGAUGGAAAUAUACGUGACCAAGAUGGUAAAAAUAUGUUGCAUUUGUUAGGUUUUACAGCAAUUGGUGAAGCCAUGGACCCAGUGAUAAUAGAAUGCCUGGUGGCUCAUGGUGCCAAUAUCGAUGAUGUUGAUAUACGUGGAAAUACUCCACUCAACCAAAUGGCGAUAAACUUGCGUCAAGUCGAGGCUGUGCGGGCUCUACUUGGCUGUGGCGCCAGCAUGAAGGUAAAGAAUUUGAGAGGGGAUACGCCGCUUCAUCAAGCAGCACAGGGAAAGGUAUUUCCCUACACAUAUGGACCGUACAUUGAAUUGAAUGGCAUUCUGCUGGAUGAUAAGAUCAGAGCACAAGACAAGAUGAUAAAAGUUUUAGAAGAAGCCAGUGAUGGGCUCAACUUAAUGAACGAAAAGAAUGUAGAUGGCAAGACACCACAACAGCUGCUGGAGGAAAUGCGAAACAAGUGGCACAAGGAAGAGCAGGAACGGUUGAGUCAUAUUGUUAACUAA